GUGGGGUUUAGUGACAGCGGGGAUCCGUGUCGCGUGCGGGGGGGAGCGAUGUCCAGAUGGGUGGGCACACACAUGGAUGGAUGGACGUGACUCGUGUCUUUAUCCAGACAGUAAGUAGUGUGGACGGGUGUAGUGUCCCUCACAACAACAUGAACAACAUGCACCCGUUGGUUGAGCAGUUUUCGCUUCAUUGGCAGACCACAAUGAAUGCACGCACGCACGCACGCACGCACGCACCCAGCUGCCUCUGCCUGCCCACUAUGUCGGUAGUGGGAUGAGUCGGCCGGCCAUGGAUGCGUGCCACACAUGUGCAUCUAUCGGAGAGAGAGACACAGACAAGAGAGAGGGCCGCUUCGCGAGCAUCCGUCAACCCAUCCAUCCAUCCACCCACCCACCAAUGACACGGAAAAAGCGUCAUCACCCCCCGCACCAUUCAUCUACCCACACAUCUUCACUGUGGUGUCGUCUCGGCGCCAGGCAACAGUAUGGCCAGGCCAUUACCCACGGAUCACUUAUCCUCUCCGCCCUCCUCCUCCCCCUCCUCGUCUUCUUCCUCCUCCAUUUCGGUGCCGUGCAGGAGGGUGACGAGCUGGGAUGCCAGCUGGUUGGCGCGACUCAGCUCCGUCAGGCACUCCUCCUUCUGCUCGGGCGUCCACUUGUCAGCUAUCACGUCCAACGUGGCCUGAGUGAAGGAUGGACGCCCACAGAGCCACAGAGAAAGAGAGAGAGAGAGAGAGAGAGAGAUUGAGAGAGAUUGAGAGGGAUUCUUGCACUUUUGUGUGCGUGUGUGUGUGUGUGUGUGGAUGCGCACCGCGAUAUUCCAGCUGUCGCCGUCCCUUCUGGCCAGUUUGAAAUUCCUGGGUAUGUUGAGGCGCGCUGCAGUGCUCUUGAUGACCGUCCGGCCGCCCAUGUCCCACUCCUUGUAAAAGUUAUACAAGUGACCCAGCACACCUGACAUGCCACACACGUAACACACAGAGGAAAGGUAGGUUACCAUCCAGCCUCAGUGGGCUGGCUGUUUGUGGGUGGUCGGUGUGUGCACAUGAGCACCUACCAGGUUGGCUGCGUGCAGCGAUGGACUUGAUCUCGUCACCAUAGCCGGCGCCCACCUCUGAGGGCUCGGGGGCGUCCACCUGCACACAAACAACGCGCCCACCACCACCACCAAAGGACACACAUCCAUUAAUGAGGCAGGCGUGCAUACUGCAGACACCCCAUUCCACUGGCUUCUUGAUUGCUUACACCCAUGAGUUCGGUGAGCGCGUCGAUGUCCUCCUCGAGGUAUGCCCAUCGCGUCAUGGGGCCGGUGGCUUGCAGGGGGGCCAGCAUCUCGUAGUUGUCAAUCACGCUGUCGUAGGCCUCAUACACGUGUUUCAAAUCCACCAGGGACUGCAGGAAAUCCUGAGGGACAAAGGGAAGACACGGCAGGAAACGGAAUACCUGUCUGUGGCUGGCUGGCUGGCUGCCGGGCUGACUGACCUCUCUGGUGAGUUGCCUGUCGACGUCGUCAUAGAAGGGUGCCAGCACCGGGUCGCUCUUCCUGUCCUCCUCGGUCAGCUUGUCCUCCUCCAACUCUAUCCGAGCCAUCACGGGAUGCAUCUCAGACUCCACAAAAGACCUGCACCCACGUCACACACACACACACACACACGAGAGACGGUGUGGUGAGUGAGCCCUUUGCUUGCUUGAAUUCUCUUUGCCUGUCUGUCUGCCUCAUUGCACUGCACUCACUGUUCGGGGACAUAGGUGGACACGGGCCAGUCCUUCCUCGAUAUGUCGUGGAAGGCGUCCACCUGCUCCUUGGUGAAGAUCCGCAUCCUCUUCAUGAUCUGGUACUCCUUCAAACCCACGUUUAUCGCACCCAUACGCAGCACCGACACCGACGGGGGUGAUGACGGUGAC